AUGGAGCAGCUAUCAGAUGAAGAAAUUGACCAUGGUGCUGAAGAAGACAGUGACAAGGAAGAUCAGGACCUGGACAAAAUGUUUGGAGCCUGGCUCGGAGAGCUAGACAAACUUACUCAGAGUUUGGAUUCUGACAAGCCCGUGGAACCAGUAAAAAGAUCUCCUCUUCGCCAGGAAACAAACAUGGCCAAUUUUUCUUAUCGCUUCUCCAUAUACAACUUGAAUGAAGCUCUGAAUCAGGGAGAGACUGUGGAUCUGGAUGCCCUGAUGGCCGAUCUUUGCUCUAUAGAGCAGGAGCUCAGCAGUAUUGGGUCAGGAAAUAGUAAGCGUCAAAUCACAGAAACAAAAGCUACCCAGAAAUUACCUGCUAGUCGACAUACAUCAAGACAUGGAACCUUGAAAGGAUUGUCUUCUUCAUCUAAUAGGAUUACUAAACCUUCACAUGCCAACUAUUCUCUGGAUGACAUCACUGCACAGUUAGAACAGGCCUCGUUGAGCAUGGAUGAGGCUGCUCAACAAUCAGUACUAGAAGAUACUAAGCCCUUAGUAACUAAUCAGCACAGAAGAACAGCAUCAGCAGGCACAGUGAGUGAUACUGAAGUACGUUCUAUGAGCAACUCCUCCCGUUCCAGCAUCACUUCUGCAGCUUCUAGCAUGGACUCUUUGGAUAUUGAUAAAGUAACACGUCCGCAAGAACUGGAUUUGACACAUCAAGGGCAACCAAUCACGGAGGAAGAACAGGCUGCAAAACUGAAAGCUGAGAAGAUCAGAGUUGCCCUAGAGAAAAUUAAAGAGGCACAAGUGAAAAAGCUGGUAAUUAGAGUGCACAUGUCUGACGACAGCUCUAAGACAAUGAUGGUGGAUGAGCGGCAGACGGUGAGACAAGUGCUAGGUAACCUGAUGGACAAAUCCCACUGCGGGUAUGGCUCAGACUGGUCACUAGUAGAAACCAUCUCCGAGUUACAGAUGGAGAGAAUCUUUGAAGACCAUGAAAACUUGGUUGAAAACCUUCUCAAUUGGACAAGAGACAGCCAAAAUAAGCUUAUAUUUAUGGAGCGAAUAGAAAAAUAUGCACUGUUCAAAAACCCACAGAAUUACCUUCUGGGGAGAAAGGAAACAGCUGAGAUGGCGGACAGAAACAAAGAAGUGCUACUGGAGGAAUGUUUUGGUGGAAGUUCUGUAACUGUACCAGAAAUUGAAGGAGUCCUGUGGUUGAAGGAGGAUGGCAAGAAGUCCUGGAAAAAGCGCUAUUUUCUCUUGCGAGCAUCUGGAAUCUACUAUGUCCCUAAAGGAAAAGCAAAGGUGUCUCGUGACCUUGUGUGCUUCCUCCAGCUGGAUCAUGUUAAUGUUUACUAUGGACAGGACUAUCGGAACAAAUACAAGGCACCCACAGACUACUGUCUGGUGCUCAAGCAUCCACAGAUCCAGAAGAAAUCUCAAUACAUCAAAUACCUUUGUUGUGAUGAUGUGAGAACCCUCCAUCUGUGGGUCAAUGGCAUCCGUAUCGCAAAGUAUGGGAAGCAGCUCUACGUGAACUAUCAAGAUGCCGUGAAGAGGACAGAGUCGGCGUAUGAUUGGACUUCCUUGUCCAGCUCCAGUAUUAAAUCAGGAUCCAGUUCCUCUAGCAUCCCAGAGUCGCAGUCAAAUCACUCUAAUCAGUCUGACAGUGGAGUUUCCGACACCCAGCCAGCAGGACAUGUCCGAUCCCAGAGCACGGUGAGCUCCAUCUUCUCUGAAGCCUGGAAGCGAGGCACUCAGUUACAAGAGUCCAGCAAGCCCAAGCCCCUCGUCACAAUUCCCCCACCAAUCAGCACCAAGACUGGGACACAAAUAGCCCCACCUAUACCUACUCCCCCAGCGCCCCCAGCAAAAAAACAGCCGGCCUUUCCUGUAUCUCACGUUCCCCCCUCUCCCCCUCCUGGUCCAGUCCCCCCUCCAACAUUACCCAAACAGCAGAGCUUCUGUGUCAAAGCCCCCCCUUCUCCCCUGUCUCCGGUCCCCUCGGUUGUGAAGCUGAUAGCCAGCCAGUUUCCCCCUCCUCCCACUCCGCCUCCAGUGGACCCGCAGCCCUUACCACCAGUCCCAGCGAAUGUCACCCCCCAGUCUCCACCUGCAGUGAAAGCAAAACCCAAGUGGCAGCCCAGCGCCAUCGCGGCCCCUUCUCCAGAUUUCCCUCCCCCUCCUCCUGAGAGCAGCCUGGGGUUCCCUCCUCCUCCCACCCCCCCAGCCGUCCCCACAGCUGCUCCCAGUCCUGACAAAAGUGGAUCCCCAGGCAAAAAGGCCAGUAAGACAUCCAGCCCGGGGGGGAAGAAGCCACCCCCCACCCCCCAGCGGAACUCCAGUAUAAAGUCCACCGGGUGUGCAGAGUACCCCGAGCCCAAGAGACCGUCAGUGGACAGUCUGGUCAGCAAGUUUGCCCCACCAGCUGAGCCCUCUGGUUCUCCUAGCAAAGAGACACCUCCACCUCCCGUGGCACCUCCCAAACCGGGAAAACUCCAGCUUUCCGGAGUGAACCUGCCGGGAGUUCUCCAACCAGGCUGCGUGAUGGCAAAAACACCUGCUCUGAGUGGGCCUGGCAAGGACUCUGUGGUGGAGUUCCCUUCUCCUCCCUCAGAUUCGGACUUCCCACCACCUCCACCGGAAAUUGAGCUUCCUCUGCCACCCAUCGAGAUCCCAGCAGUGUUCUCAGCCAACACCUCGCCCAAGGUAGCAGUUGUUAACCCUCAACCACAACCGCAGCCCUGGUCCAAAACGUCUGUUAAGAAGGCCCCUCCACCCACACGACCAAAACGAAACGACAGCACUCGUCUAACUCAAGCAGAAGUUUCGGAGCAGCCAGCCAUGGCCACAGUUGUGCCACAAGUGCCCACCUCCCCCAAAUCCAGCCUUAGCGUCCAGCCCGGAUUCCUGGCCGACCUCAACAGGACACUGCAGCGGAAGUCCAUCACCCGGCACGGCUCCCUCUCGUCUGCCCGGAUGUCCAGAGUGGAGCCCACAGCCACCAUGGAUGACAUGGCACUGCCCCCCCCUCCCCCUGAACUGCUUUCUGGGCAACAGAAGGCUGCUUGUGGAGGCGGGCACAUAUCAGGUUAUGCAACAUUGCGGAGAGGGCCCCCUCCGGCUCCCCCGAAAAGAGACCAGAGCACCAAGCUCUCGAGAGACUGGUAG